AACUGCUAACCUUUCAAAGUUCCAACUUGAUCCCAUCUCACUGUUUUCCAGAAGCAAUGGUCGCCGCCGCCGGAAAGUCAUCCGCCACCAUGAAAUCCCCUGCAAGUGAAACUCAUGAUGCAUCAUUACUUGUGAAUUCCAAAAAACGAAAACCCCACAGAAACCCAACAAACAAACCCCAAAAACUCCUUCUGAGUGACCCACUGCUCCGCCGUCUCUCUUCCGCCGCCGCCGCGACCCGUUCCUUCCUCCAAACCAACGAUCUCCUCCUCCCUCCAUCCCAGUCUCUCCGCCUCGAAUCUCUCCUCUCAUCUCUCCCAAUCGCUCCUCCUCCUUCCCACUCCUCCACUCCCGCGUGGUUCCACCGCUUCGUAAACUCCGCAUCAGAAAACGACGAUCCUCGCUGGCAUCUCUGUUUCCGAAUGUCGAAGCCAACUUUCUUCAAACUCCUCUCCAUCCUCUCCUCCGACUCCUCCGAUUCUACGCCGCUUCCUUCGUCCUCGCUCGCGGCUACCAUCUUCCGCCUCGCUCACAACGCUUCCUACACCUCUCUCGCUAACCGGUUCGGGUUCGACUCCGUCUCAACCGCUUCCCGCGCUUUCUUCACCGUCUGCAAGCUCGUGCACGAGAAAUUGGGAAAACUCGACGAUCCCAAGCCCGAUUAUUCGCCUCGAUUGCUCCCCAACUGCUGCGGCGUGCUAGGAUUCGGGAGAUUCGACGUAGACGGAGAGCUUCUCGGGUCGAUUAUCGUUCAGGCGGUUGUUGAUUCCGCCGGGAGAUUCGCGGAUAUCUCGGCUGGAUGGCCGGGGACGAUGAAACCGGAAGCUAUCUUCCGGCAGACCAAGCUUUUCUCCUCCAUGGCGGAGGAGGAGGAGGAAUCUAGAAGCUUCUUGAACGGAGGAGCUCCGUGCAAACUCGGAGAUACACCGGUGCCUCGUUACAUUCUUGGAGAUCCUCGUCUUCCUUUGUUGCCGUGGCUUGUGACUCCUUAUAGUGAGGAAGAAGAAGAAGAAGAUCGUUCCGAAUUCAACAACGUGGCUCGCACUGCGUUGCGUACCGUUGGAGUUGUGUUUGCUAAGGUUCGAGCUCGGUGGCGGAUUCUUGACAGGAAGUGGAAACCGGAGAUGGUCGAGUUUUUGCCGUUUGUCGUGACUACUGGCUGCUUGCUGCAUAAUUUUCUGGUGGAUUCUGGAGACGAUGAUUUACAGGACGAAUGGGCGGUGGUGGCUCGUGAUGAUAGUGAAGAGUAUGAGGAGGAGACGAGGAGGUCUGGAGGAGAAGCGUAUAUUGGGUCGAGCAGGAUCAGAGAUGCUAUUGCAGAGAAUCUGAGCCGCGUGACUUCGUCUAAGAGGAACUGAUAAUUUGUAAAUUGUGUAAGUCCCAUUUCAGUAUGCAGUUAGUUUCUGGCUUAAUAGGUGGACUAGAGAAGGUAUGUUUGGUUUGUGAAAUGUAUGCUUUCCUUUCUAGCCUGAUCUUGUAAAUUGUGUACGCCCGUUUCGAUAUGCAGUUUAUUGUUUUAGAAGAUGAA